GUCGCUGCGCUGCUCGUCACUGCAGUUGGCGAAUUUCACCGAGUAAAACCGAGUGAUGCGGCUCAGCUGACUGUGAGGAUUGAGGAUCACUUCUCAGUUUAGCUAUUGAAUCAAAAAUAAAACCAGCUUCUGAUUGAUCGAUUAGACCAAACACAGCCAUGCCGUCGCUUCUGUUCUGCGGGCCGAAGAUGGCCGCGUGCGGGAUAGUGAUCAGCAUCUGGGGUGUCAUCAUGCUGGCGAUGCUGGGGAUCUUCUUCAGCGCCAAGUCGGCCGUGCUGAUCGAGGACGUCCCGUUCACCGAGGACGACAUUCGGAAGGAUCAGAACCCUCCUCAGAACAUCUACAGUCUCUACAACCAGGUCGGCAUCAACUGCUUCAUCGCCGCCGGCAUCUAUGUUGCCGUGGGCGCCGUCUCGCUCUGCCAGGUGCGACUCAACAAGCGCCAGGAGUACAUGGUCACAUAGACCCCCCACGCCCCCCCGAAGACCACUGGAGGAACCUGACGUCAGCGGCCGCCUGUCCACAAAGUUUUACGAUACAGCGUCACACAACGGACCAAUCAGCAGCUGAGUCAGUAAAAUUCGGGGGGCGAAUAAUGAAGCGAGAAUUAUUUAUUUUAAAGUUACAACCUUUGGAUGUUUGUUGUUGUCUGCUGUGAUGUUUCUCGGUGUUGUUGAUGUUGUUUUAAAUGUUAAAUCAUUCCCUUUUGAACGAAUUAUUCAUGGAAACGUUUGUGAAAAGUAUUAAGUAAAAUUCUUUUAUUGCUAAUUCCUUCUGGAAAAAUGAAUAAAACAAACUAAGGAUG